AUGCCGAAGAACAGAGCAAAAUCCUCAGAAUCGCCGCCGGAGAAUCUUUGUGCUUCGAAAGAUUCUGAAUUCUGGGAAUCCCUGAUUCCGAUGGAAGGGGUUAUCACAUGUUUUCAUACGAAAUGCGUCUCUCUUCCAAUUCGUUCUUUCCCACUUUCUAGGGUUUCUUCACUUUCUCGGUGGAGAAACACUAAUUUGGUCUCUGCAUCUCGAUCGGUUCCUCAGAGAACCUUGUGCGUUUCGUCUUCGAGCUCAGACACUUUAGUCGCCGGCGGUUCACCAAAGGAAGACGAGAGGCAGAUCAAAGUAUCGAGCAAGAAGGACGGAGAUGAAUCCGAAGAUUUGAAGUUUUGGAUGGAUAAGAAAGGUUUGCCACCUUGCAAGGUUUUUCUCAAGGAGAGACCGGCUCAUGAUCAGAAGCAUAAACCCAUACAUUAUGUUGCUGCUAGUGAGGAUCUUCAGAAAGGCGAUGUGGCGUUUUCAGUGCCGAACUCUUUGGUGGUGACACUGGAAAGAGUUUUGGGAAACGAGACUAUUGCCGAACUGUUGACGACGAACAAAUUGUCUGAAUUGGCUUGCCUAGCCUUGUAUCUGAUGUAUGAGAAGAAACAAGGGAAGAAAUCAGUAUGGUAUCCUUAUAUAAGAGAGCUUGAUCGUCAAAGAGGGCGAGGUCAGCUAGAUGUGGAAUCCCCGUUGCUGUGGUCAGAGGCUGAGUUAGAAUACUUAACUGGUAGCCCGACGAAGGCUGAAGUUCUUGAAAGAGCCGAGGGGAUCAAAAGAGAAUACAAGGAGCUUGACACUGUCUGGUUUAUGGCUGGAUCUUUGUUUCAGCAAUACCCAUAUGACAUACCAACAGAAGCUUUUUCAUUUGAGAUUUUCAAACAGGCGUUUGUCGCCAUUCAGUCCUGUGUGGUGCAUUUACAAAAUGUCAGUUUGGCUCGUCGGUUUGCUUUGGUUCCUCUUGGUCCUCCCUUGUUGGCCUACUGUUCCAAUUGCAAGGCAAUGCUUACCGCUGUUGAUGAUGCUGUUGAACUCGUGGUAGAUAGGCCAUAUAAGGCUGGGGAUCCUAUAGUUGCCUGGUGUGGGCCACAACCUAAUGCAAAAUUGCUUCUGAACUAUGGAUUUGUCGAUGAAGAUAACCCUUAUGAUAGAAUAAUAGUUGAGGCAGCGCUGAGCACCGAUGAUCCUCAAUAUCAGGACAAGAGAAUGGUUGCUCAAAGGAACGGAAAAUUAUCCCAGCAAGUUUUUCAGGUUCGUGUGGGUAAAGAAAGAGAAGCCGUUCAAGACAUGCUUCCCUACUUGCGAUUGGGUUACAUGUCUGAUCCUGCUGAAAUGCAAUCAGUUAUUUCGUCCCAAGGUCCAGUUUGUCCAAUGAGCCCUUGCAUGGAAAGAGCAGUACUAGACCAGCUUGCUGAUUACUUCAUGAGACGCUUGUCUGGCUACCCUACUACCCUGAAAGAAGAUGAUGCAUUGUUGGCAGAUCCUAGUUUGAAUCCGAGGAAGCGAGUUGCCACACGGCUUGUCCGAUUAGAGAAGAAAAUGCUAGCUGCAUGCCUUGUGACAACAGUGGAUUUGUUAAAUGAGUUGCCCGAUACAACCAUCUCUCCAUGCCCAGCACCAUAUGCUCCCACAAUAAAGGCUUGUUCGCCUUGUGGAAAUCCUGCGAGUUUUAGUUUCGAAACCCCCUCAUGGGUGAUAGAGCCCAUUUCCGGCAAUGAUGAUGUUGGCAUAGAAAAACGUCAGGACGAGCAGAUAAAAUUAAUUAAAAUGGCACGCGAUCUGAAGCUGAAGAACCUUAGGCCGUUCGAUUCAAAUCCGACGGGGAAAUCUAUUAAGGAUUUGGUCGAUAUGACAGUGAGAAACGGUGGUUUCCCAGGAGAUUACUGUCGCAACAGUUUCGAAACACCCGGUGGGUACGAUGAAGGAUCCGACAGCCCAAUUGCCUCAGAGGGCUCAAACUGCUCCAAGAGAAAGCUGGGCGGAUCAAACUAUACAGAGCAUGAAACAUUUGGUGUCUCGAAGAUGGUGUUACCCUUGUUUGGCCUUUCAUCAUCGGAAAGGAAGGAUUUGAUUCGUAGGCUAAGACAAGAGCUGGAGCAGAUACGCUUCUUCCAGAAGAACCUCGAGCUCCCUCGAUCGAUGGGUCGAGCCAAGAGUUUCGGAAAGUCACGGUGCUCCACAGGGCCAGGAAAGACGGCGGUGAUCCCCAUCGCUGCCCCUAAACCGACUCCGGUGAGCACCGCGGUUAUGCUUCUGAUGAAGCAGUGCGAGGCGCUCCUGAAACGGUUGAUGUCACAUCAGUAUGGUUGGGUGUUCAACACUCCCGUGGACGUUGUCAAGAUGAAGAUACUCGACUAUUUUACCAUUAUCAAGCAUCCCAUGGAUUUAGGAACUGUGAAGAAUAAGUUAACCUCGGGCACUUACUCCUGUCCCUCUGAGUUUGCUGCUGAUGUUCGGCUUACCUUCAGCAACGCGAUGACUUAUAAUCCACCUGGUAAUGAUGUCUACGUCAUGGCUGAUACGCUUCGAAAGUUUUUCGAAGUGAGGUGGAAGACUCUCGGGAAGAAACUAUCCGCUGUCACAACUCAUACUGAGCCGAGUCACGAGGAAAAAGAUAUUGUAGUGCCUGUGCCAAUGGCUAAGAAGCUGAAGACGAGUGCGGUGGACUGUGAGGGCGUCUUGAAACGGGUUAUGACCGGUGAGGACAGGCUCAAGCUCGGUAGGGAUCUGGAGUCGUUGACCGAGUUCCCGGUACAAUUAAUAGAUUUCUUGAGAGACCACAACUCAAAUGAAGGGGUGAUUGAAGAUGAUGAGAUUGAGAUUGACAUCAACGAUCUCAGUGAUCACGCCAUGUUCCAGUUGCGGGAUCUCUUAGACGAGCAUCUGCGAGAGAGCCAGAACAAAAAGUCAAGUGUUGAGCCCUGUGAGAUAGAGCUUCUGCAUGGAUCAGUGCCAGAGAAUUCGUCGAUGCAACAUUGUGAUGAUAGUGAAAUGGAGGAAGUUGUUGACGUUGGUGAAAAUGAACACCCAAAGUCAAGCAUUUCUCCUGUCAUGAUAGAGAAAGAUCUGCUGUUUGGAAACUUAAAUGGUAUCAGCUCGGAAAGUGUGUCGGGUGAUCUUAAAACCUCCAGUUUACCGAGGACAUCAAAGGGGCUUGGAACCAUGGAUCUUGAACCUUUGUUGGAUGGAGCUACAAGUGCUUCCCCAACAAGAGGAGCAGCAGCAUCUGUUGGUGGGUCGGAUCAGCUGGAAAGUGCAUCUCAGGAGCAAAUAAGUUGUGUUGAGGAGGCGGAUUGUCAGCAAGAUGGAAAUAGUGCUCAGAAUGAGAAGCAACAGCCUCCUGAAAAGGUCUACAGGGCUGCUUUGUUGAAGAACCGGUUUGCAGAUUUAAUCUUGAAAGCCCGAGAGAAAAAUCUUAACCAGAAUGAUACGCGAGACCCAGAGAAGGUGCAGCGUGAGAGAGAAGAGCUGGAGCUUCAGAAGAAGAAAGAGAAAGCACGAUUACAAGCAGAAGCUAAGGCAGCUGAAGAAGCUCGUAGAAAAGCCGAGGCACAAGCUGCAGCUGAAGCUGCGGCUGAGGCUAAGAAAAAGCUGGAGCUUGAAAGAGAAGCAGCUCGCCAGGCAUUACUGGAGAUGGAGCAGUCGGUUGAACUCAACGAGAACGCAAAGUUUCUCAAGGAUCUGGAACUGCUCAAAACAGACCAUUUGAUAGAUGAUGCGACAGAGGAGGAUGCAUCUCACGAUGGGUUGCGUAGUUUCAGCUUUGGGGGUAGUAAUCCUCUGGAGCAGCUGGGGCUGUUUAUGAAGCAAGACGAAGAUGAGGAGGAAGUAGAUCUGCUCACAACUCCAGCUCCCGGAGUUGAAGUAGAAGAGGGGGAGAUUGAUUGAGCAGAUGCACAAAGUCAAACCAAAUGAGAUAAUAUGAAUUCUGAAUCCAGAAUCAAGAAUCCCUGAGCAAAAGUUGAAGAAAAAACAAAUGUCAGUGUGGCGGCGCCAAAGUAGUCAAAUGAAUAUAUAUGCCUACUCAUGAUUGGAUUGGUACCUGAGAGUGGAAACUGAAUCGGUCAUAAAUUACGUUUAGCUUUGAAUGGUUGUAGUGACCCUGAGAUUUGGUGAUCUGGUUGAAAUUUGAAAUUCCAACAAAGACAAAGGUAGAUUUUAUCAAUCUCAGAGACACACAUAUCAUGCAAUUUUGACAAUUCAAGUAAAUUGCAAAUAAAUAUUUCAGUUAAUCCACGAACCGAG